GGUAACCCGGAAGCUUCACGCGCUCCGUGUUGCUGUACCGAAAGUCCUUCCUGUUUUAUGAAAUUUGAAGGAAGCAGCAGCAACACGACAGUCGCUGAAUAAAUAUGGAUUCAUCUCAGUGAUCUGUGUGAGGGGGAGGACCUAUGCGCUCUUAUCUUUCUUCUGCCACAUCAGCCUUGUACAUACUGUGGAUCACCAUGGCCCACAUCGCUGGCCAGGAGGACAGGGAGAAAACCACUGCGCUCAAAGACUUGCUGUCGAGAAUAGACUUAGAUGAACUAAUGAAGAAAGAUGAACCUCCUUUCACCUUCCCUAAAUCACUGGAGGACUUUGAAUAUGCCUUCAAUGAAAAUGGCCAGCUCCGGCACAUAAAAACAGGUGAACCCUUUGUGUUUAAUGCUAGAGAAGAUCUGCACCGCUGGAACCAGAAACGUUAUGAAGCUCUUGGAGAGAUCAUCACUCAGUAUGUUUACGAGCUGUUGGAGAAAAAGUGCAACAUGACUAAAGCAUUUCUCCCUGUGGAUGCUACAAAUGAUGAACCCAGAAGUUUUAUCUACCUUAGCCCAGAUGCCUUGACUAACCCAGACAAGCUGCUCGUGCUGAUCCAGGGCAGUGGUGUGGUACGUGCUGGUCAGUGGGCCCGUAGACUCAUCAUUAACCAGGACCUGGACUCAGGAACACAGAUCCCCUUCAUUAUGAAGGCCAUGGAGGAGGGCUAUGGUGUGUUGGUGCUCAACCCCAAUGAGAACUACUUGGAGGUGGAGAAGUCAGCAAAGGCAUCCCCCAAUGACUUUUCUGCUGAACCCUCAGAUGAACCAGCUGAAAAGAGAGAGCGCAAAGAUGAACAGGAAAGCAAAAAGAAAAGGGAAUUUUAUGAGAAAUAUCGCAACCCACAGAAAGAGACUGAGACCGAACGCAUACCUAUACGGGAAAACUCCUCCUCUGAAGAACAUGUGCUCUACGUGUGGGACCAGUUUGUGUUCAAAGCUGCUGCCAAGAACAUCUUCAUUAUCGCCCAUAGCUAUGGAGGCCUGUCUUUUGUUGAGUUGAUGAAUCAAAGGGAAAUGCAGGUGAAGAACAGAGUUUGCGCUGUGGCUCUCACUGACUCUGCGCAUCACAUUUGGCAUCAAGAGACCACCAAAGGGACACAGGACUGGAUGCAGCAGUACUGUUGUAACUGGGUAUCGAGUCCCGAGCCAUUGGACACAGAGCUUGAGCCCAUGCUGCCAGACUGCCCCAGAGUUUCUGCAGGCACUGAGAGGCAUGAGCUGACCUCCUGGAUGAGUUUUGAAUCCAUCUUCAGGUUUUUCAGCGAAGUCCUGAAGGCAAAGGAGGAAGAGGAGCCAGAAGAGAUCUCCAACUCUGUCACCACACGUAGCGGCUCCCUCAAAAAUAAACACCAAGAUUUGUAGAGAGCACUCAGCACUGACUUGGACAAGCAGGAGGUUCUCAAAGAUGAAUCAGAUAUGGGAAUGCAGAAAUGUUGCCCUUUGCUCUAAUUUUAGUUUUUCGCUCCAUCCUUCCCCUGUAACCUCCCCACUCUCCCCUCCAGCACAGCCCCAGCUUUGCCCUCACACAGUCGCCUUGUUGUUUGAGACAAGAGUACGGGGGUCACCACAUAUACUCCACAGUAAGAUUUUGCAUUAUUUCUAGAUGAGUGCCACUGUCAAAGCAGUAUGGACCUGAGUGUUUGCGCUUCCCGUGGGCUGUGGCCCGGCUGCGGGUGCGCGCCGCAGCAGCAGAGAUUAAGGCUGACAGGUGCUGUGCACAAUGUGCCAUGGUGCACCUCUAAUUGUCCUGACAUCAGCCUGAAGUGAGGUAAUGUCCCCCUGUCUUACCGUCUGCGCUGCUCAGUCUCUCUCCCCGUUUGUGUCUUCCUUCAUACCCUGCUCCCAAAGCCUGCACUAAUUACCCUGCAAUUAGUUCAGAUGAUAUAUCCUAAAGUUCACCCUCAUUUGAACACUGCUAACAUUUGUUCGCUUGGGUUUUCUUUAGCAUUUACCUUCUAAAAAUUUUUAAUAUGACAUCUCUGAUGUCUGUUUCUUAAAAGAAGACUUUUUUUUCUCUCUUUUUAGCUUUUAAACUUGACUUUUCUCAGUCUGCCAUGAUUUGUUCAGAGUUACUCCUUUAAUAAGAUUAUUCUUUUUUUUCUCUAUUUUAAACAGAAUUUGUUCCUAUACAGUAAUACCUUCCAUAUAUAUACAUCACCAAUUAGGAAACAAGCAGUUGUUUUUUUUUUUUUUUGCAAACGUUUUUCUUUUUUUUGUUUCCUCAUAUGUUAUCCCUAAAAUUGAUAUCAGUAAAUGAUUGAAAAUGAUGAAACAAACAAAACAAGCAACCUGUUCAGAAUAUGAAGGAAAAAACAAUCAGGACACCGAGCGUAUUUAAAAAUGACUUAAAGCCGUGCGUCAAAAUGGGGUUUGAGUGAUAUCUCAUUUUAACGGGAGCCAGAAGUCAGACCACAACACUCAUAAAAGCCCAAUAUAUCACCUUACACAUGUCAGGAAAUCCUAGACUUCAAUAUUAUUCUGAGCCAGAAUGAUAUUUCCUUAGAAGUUGGAGAAUUGUAACAUAUCUUCUCUUUUUUCUUCCCUUUCCACUCAAGUACUCUUUGUGUAUGCUUAGACCUGUCAAAGUCAGCUUCCUGCUCGGCUCCCAUAAUCUGACUGUGUGACACAAACAUGUUAAAGAUUUUUUCAUAAAGCCGCUGUGUUUUAUAAACCAAUCAAGGCUUAAAGGAAUACUUUUCUAAUGGGUCUUGACAUUAGUAAAACCUCAAACUUGAAACUGAAUCUUUUGAUACCUUAGUCGCAUUCUCAAACAUACACUUCCCUCCUCUUUUUUUUUUUUAUAAGUAUUUCUAAACUUUCCCCACUGUGAAGCCCUGCCUCUCCUGCUCCAUGUGUCUGUGGUUUAAGGCGUUUGUGGAUUAUCUUUCUGCUGUAAUGAGACAAGUGUGCCUGGUGGUUGCGAGCCUAAUUUCCUUUUAAUUUGAUUUAGAUCUCUCCAGGUUUCAGCUAAGAAGUUGGGCUUAUUAUUUGAUAUUUGACGGGUCUCAUUUCAAAAUACCACAACUCGCCUUUGUGCUUUUCAGCUACGAUCAGUUAAUUUCUCACUCUAGAAUUUGUAUAUUGUUGCCUUAGGAGUAAACAAGACUCUCCUUGCUGUUUUUUUUUUUAUAUAUCCAAGAAGCCAUAUAUGAAAGUACUAAAGAUCCAAAGCACAGUCUGCAAAUAAAUUGCUCCUGAAGAUUUUUUUUGUUUUUUUGUUUUUUUGCAAGUAGUUAUUUGUUGUAUUGGUUCUAAUUGUUUUAUCUUAAAACCUCCAAGUGUAAGGCCAAGGCAUGGAUUUCUCUUUGUAUUUGAAUUUAUUUUUUUUUUCCCCACUCUGUGUUGAUUCAUGUUUAUGCAAAACUGUAAAAAAUGGUUUUAACACCUCUGCAGCACAGUUAUCACAUUUCUUUUACAUGAUUUUAUUUUUCUGUGAGAGACCCAUUAAAGCAAAAGGAAAUAAAAUGAACUAUGCAUCAUUA